UCUCUUAUCUAUUAUUGAGGUAUUGAAUUGAGACAAAUAUUAUUGAUAUAAUUAGAAAAGGUCUCUUUCCUUAAUAAAUAUUAAUAGCGACAAUACGGUUUCAUGAUAUUUGUACACUUUUUAGACAUAUAGAAUGUCUGAAACAUAUGAAUACUUGUUCAAAUUCUUAGUUAUAGGCAGCGCCGGAACAGGGAAGUCGAGCCUUCUAAAUAAUUUUAUUGGGAACAAAUUUAAAGAAGACAGAUGCCAUACGAUUGGCGUUGAAUUUGGGUCGAAAAUAGUUAACAUCGGCGGUAAAUCGACGAAAUUACAAAUAUGGGACACAGCCGGACAGGAGAGAUUUCGAUCUGUUACCCGAUCAUAUUACAGAGGAGCUGCUGGGGCUCUGCUAGUGUAUGACAUCAGUUCCAGAGACUCAUUCAAUGCCCUCGCUAACUGGCUAAGAGACGCACGCACACUCGCAAGUCCAAACAUUGUAAUAUUACUUGUUGGUAACAAGAAAGACAUUGAAGAAUCUCGAGAAGUGACAUUCUCUGAAGCUAGUCAAUUUGCUCAGGAAAAUGAGUUAAUGUUUCUAGAAACCAGUGCUAAAACUGGUGAGAAUGUUGAAGAGGCUUUUCUAAAAUGCUCGAAAACUAUUCUGGCUAAGAUAGAAACUGGUGAAUUGGAUCCAGAGAGGAUAGGCUCUGGUAUACAGUAUGGUACUAGCACUUCAAAACGAUUAACUGCACCUAAGAGACCGGUCAGGGCUCCAUCAGAUUGUGCUUGUCGUGUUUAAUUCUCUAGAGGCUGAAUACUGAAACAACAUUUAAAUAAUAGCUUCUAAAAUAAUAAGUUCAUACUCUGAACUCUAAAUUUUAAUAUCUCAUCAGAAU